AAAAAAAAAUACAGAUAAAGAAACACUAGGGAGAAAAGCAAUGGCUUAGAAUUGGAAAUCAGAGCGAAAGCAAUGAGAGAGACGAGAGUGCAACCAGAGAGAAGCAGCAGCACAACGUCAAUGAUAGGAACAUCAACGUCAACAUCAUCUACUGCUACGCCAAGAAGAACAGUCCACAUCAACAUCCCACAAUCCUCGUCAUCAUCAUCCUCCGCCAUAUUCCAACGGAUUCGUCCUUCCCUCGUAACCUCAUUUCUUCAAAGACCCCAUUCUCUCCCAUUCGUCCUCUCCAUCUUCCUAUUCCUCGCUUGGAUCUCUCUCCGUUCAUACCGUCCUUCCCAUCCUCUCCCUCUCUCCUCCCCAAACGACGACGUUAAAGCCAAUCUCCGCAGAUUCUCCUCCUCUUUUCCUUCCCCUAUUACCAAGGAUAACCGUGGAUGGAUUCUCGACCCUAUCGCUCUCGCACUCUCUUCCAGUAUUUCAGGUGGAGCUGUUACCUGUGCUUCUCUUCACCUCGGUGAAAUUCGACCUGGAAAAUUAAGAGGGAAUCAUAGACAUCAUGAUUGUAACGAGACUUUUGUCCUUUGGGGGGCUUCAAUCAAGUUUAGGGCGGAAAACAGCAAGGUGGCUGAUAUUGGUUAUGCUGAGGUGACCAUUGGCAGAGAUGAGGUUGUUGUUGCUGCUAGCCCUGCUCAUAAAGCACAUGCUUUAAUAAACAUAGAUCCGGUUCGGAGUGCUUACUUUAUAGGAUGCCAAGACAGUAUUAUAAACUAUACUGCUUCAAGUACGGACUUCAAUGUUUGGAAAGAUCUUUAAGUUGUUGCUCUUUAUAGGUUUUCCCAUCACAUUCCUCUUGAUGAAAUCGAAGAUGUUUCUGAGCAUUAACAUUACUAUAUGAUAUUGUUGCGCACACCCAUGAGAAAAUUUUACCUUUUAGUUGUCUAUAUAAUGUACAGAGCUUAGUUGCGAACUUGGAGAGUUUAAGCUUUUAUAGGGGUACAGAGCAGAAAGCCAGAAUGAAAGGAGGUACAGUUUAUGUCUUAGUCUAUUAAAAGAAGGGAGGGAAAAUUCAUUCACAGUUCCUGAACUUUGUACUGAUUGUAACGAGGCAACAUGAUUCUUUUAAUGAAGUUAUUUUUAUUAACUCUUAAAUUUUAA